AUGUAUUUGCCCAGCACAGUAACUCACGUGCCACUUGAGGCCGAUGAUGCAAACACUGACUCCCUUAAUCCGGGUAAAUGUUUCUCUGCAGCAGAACAUUUGAAUGAAGAAGAUCCGCAGGAAAGAAGAAGGAAGGCCAAGAGAAGUUACCAAGAUGUUCUUACCACGAGUUCAUACCUACAGAGUCUUCGCGAACAAGAGAAUAUUAAAAAAGCGAGAGAGGAGGUAAGAAAGAAUAAGCGAAACUCAGUGAAGAAUGAUGGUUCCUUAGAAUGUGGAGAUAAAGAUAUUCAAACAGAUUGUCAAGAAAAGAGAACCGGAAAAUUAAGAAAAAGUGAACGAAGUGCAGUUAAAAUCUAUGAAAAUGAAUCAGACUGUGAAGAGCCCUUUAAUGAGGACGACGACGAUGAUUGCGCAUGCCUCUAUUGCAAUGAGUUGUAUAGCCUAUCCAAAUCUCAAGAGGGCUGGUUACGUUGCCAAAUGUGUCAUAUGUGGACUCAUGCAGAGUGUGCAGGACUGUCAAUGAAGGCUAAGAACUUCAUUUCUAAACCUGUCGCAAACCUGAUGUGGCUCGGUGAGGGACAAGACUUUGAGUCUGUGCAACUUGAGCUUAUCAGAGAUCCAAUCGUAUACAACGCAUACCGCAAGAAGUAA